CCUACAUCUUUUUCUUUUCACGCAGCCCCCAUCCCCUCCCCUUUCUUUCUCUUUUCUCUCCAAAUCUUGAUUUCUUCUCCAUUUCAAGAUGUCUCCCCUUCUUUAAGGCUUCUCAUUUUUACCGUCUUUUCCUCCUCCAACCUUCUUCUCCUGCUUCUCUCCUCUUCCGCUUUUUUUCCGUUUCAAAUGUUGGAGCUACAGUAAUCGGAUGAACGGGGAGAGCUCGGUGAUGUUGGAUAGCUUGACAUGGGGAGAGCUCGGUGACGUUGCCGAUGGUGGGCCUACGCCGGUUACCGUUCUGGAUACAACCUCAAGGGAAGACAACGAAGAAGGUGCAGAUCAAGAAGCUUUGAAUGACUUGAGUAGAUCUUUUUUUCUCGAUUUUUUUCUUGAUUUUUUGGUGUGUUUUCGAAAUAAAAAGGGUUGUCUGUCUAACAGACAACUUGUAAGUGCAGCGUCUGUAUUUGUUCGUAAGCCUCAUGAAGUUUUCUGUCAUUUGAAAAAUAAAUGUCUGAAAUAAUUGAUAUUUAAUUGUUUGUCAUUUGCUGGUUAGUUGUCUGUAUUUGUUUUGAGUUGUCUGUAAUGACUUUUCUGUCAUGUUGUUGUGAGGAGUCUGUAAGAGUCAUGAAGUUGUCUGCCAUUUUAAAAAUACAUGGUUGUAACUCAUAUUUAGUUGUUUGUCAUUUGAUUGUGAGUUGUAUGUAAUUUGUGGUGUGUAUUUUUGAGAUGUAUAGACAACUUGUAAGUGCAGUGUCUAUAUACUCAAACAUGGUUUCACAUAGUUGGUGAAACCUUGAACUAAAAUGUAUGUCACACAGACAACUAAUUUGUUUGUCUACAUAGAAA